AAGUUGACUGCGGUGAGUCGAAAGCGCGCUCUUCCUUCCGGCAUGGCCGACAAGAAGAAAGUGCCAAGCAUCGAGUUGAACAGUUUUCCGGCCAACGGGGGAUCAGUAGCCGGUGAAGAGGGCUCAGGAACGGCAACACAGAUGGCCACUGCGAAGAACGAUGAUCUGCCCGAAAGGGGCAACUGGGUCGGAAAGUUGGACUUUAUUAUGUCAUGCGUUGGCUAUGCUAUUGGGCUAGGAAAUGUAUGGAGGUUUCCUUACCUGUGCUAUAAGAAUGGAGGCGGAGCCUUUCUAAUACCAUAUCUACUUACACUGUUCUUAGCAGGAAUUCCAACAUUUCUACUAGAAACUUCUUUAGGCCAAUUUUUAAGUAUUGGUGGCCUGGGGGUUUGGAAAAUAUGCCCAAUCUUCAAAGGCGUGGGUUAUGCAGCUGCUGUCAUGGCAUUCUGGUUGAACACAUACUACAUAGUAGUACUUUCUUGGGCCCUAUAUUACAUCUUCAAUUCUUUACGGUGGGAUGUUAUGUGGAGAACAUGCGACAACUGGUGGAACACACCUCUUUGCCAAUCAGAGUACGAAACCAAUUGCACGAAAGAGUCCUGUCCUGUAGAGGCAACUACUGUGGCUCACAUAAGCCCAGUGAAAGAGUAUUGGGAACGCAAUGUACUUCAGAUCACAAGUGGUCUUGGAGAGCCAGGUGAAGUGCGUUGGCCAUUAGCUGGAACUCUGUUUCUGGCAUGGGUUCUCUGCUACUUUUGCAUCUGGAAAGGAGUCAAAUGGACUGGAAAGGUUGUCUACUUUACUGCGCUGUUCCCCUAUGUUUUGCUGUUCAUCUUGCUGAUCAGAGGAUUGACGCUUCCUGGAGCCAGUGAUGGAAUUAAAUUUUAUAUAUGGCCAGAUAUGAAUAAACUUGGUGAUUCUCAGGUAUGGAUAGAUGCUGCUACUCAAAUUUUCUUUUCUUACGGUCUUGGCCUAGGAUCUCUUAUUGCCCUUGGAAGCUACAACAAAUACAGUAAUAAUGUUUACAGGGAUUCCUUGAUUGUCUCUUGCAUCAAUAGUGGGACCUCCAUGUUUGCCGGAUUUGUCAUUUUCUCCGUGGUUGGAUUCAUGGCACAUGAGCAGAAUAAGGCUGUCAGUGAAGUUGCUGCUUCAGGUCCUGGUUUGGCCUUCUUAGCUUAUCCAUCGGCAGUGCUGAAACUUCCUAUAUCUCCUCUAUGGGCUGUGCUUUUCUUCCUCAUGAUAUUAAUGUUAGGUCUUGACAGUCAGUUUUGUACUAUGGAAGGCUUCAUCACAGCUGUUGUGGAUGAAUGGCCUCGUCUACUCAGACCACACAAAGAAAUUUUCAUUGCACUUGUUUGCGUCGUUUCCUACAUCAUGGGGCUCUGUUUUGUGACUCAAGGUGGAAUGUACGUAUUCCAGUUAUUUGACUACUACGCUGCAAGUGGGAUCUCACUAUUGUUUCUUAUAUUCUUUGAAGUUACGUCCAUAUCUUGGUCCUAUGGCGUCAACCGCUAUUACGAGAAUCUGAAGGAUAUGCUGGGAUACUACCCUUGUUUUUGGUGGAAGCUUUGCUGGGUAUUUUUUACACCAUGCGUUUGUGGGGGAGUGUUUUUGUUCAGUAUGGUACAGUACAAACCUCUGGAUUAUAUUGGAUAUGUAUACCCGUGGUGGGGUCAAACUAUUGGAUGGCUGCUUGGUUUGUCAUCGAUGCUUUGCAUACCAAGCUAUGCUGCAUACAAGUACUUCACGACUGAGGGUACAUUUAGAGAGCGUAUGAAGAAUCUCUGCAGACCAGAUAUCAAUAUCCAAGAAGAAAUUCGCUUAAGAAAGAUCCGAGAAGAAGGACUGAAUGCCGUCACAUCUGUAUAGAAAUGCUUUCGAAAGCUACAUCGUCAUUGUCAGAAGAGCUAACCAAAGAAAUAGAUCGGAGCUCUGCAAAGCAUGUCGAGCUCUGAACUUUACCACCUCAAGACUCCUUUAUAUGUACAGGCAUAUAAUAUCUGCAAGGACGAUCAGCAAGACCUCAAUGCAUAAAAUAAUAGCAAAAACACAUAAGACGGAGAUUAUUACUUUUUAAAGUGAAUUAGAAGAGAAUUUCGCCAGAGGAGCAACUGAAAGGAUUUACAAAAUAUCGGUGUUUGAUUUUCAUGUGUACAGUCAUUUAUUGGAACAUUUUUAGAAAGUUAAUAAGCAAUUUGGUGAAAUACUGUUAUCAUAAGAAUUCUUGGUUUUCUAAGUGUAUUUCAAAAAAUGUAUUCAAUGUAUUCUCGAUGUCUCACAGCGCCUUCUGAAGCACGUGAAAUCAAAAAUAUUGUAAAAAGUAAACGUAUUUUAAACUUGACUUAAUUGUUCUAUAUAAAUUUACUGUACUAGUUGUAGUUCAAACGAUAAAAGAAAAAUUCUGAUGAUAAAAAUUUGGUAAAGUGUUGUUAUCAUAAGAAUUUCUUUUAUUUUCUAAGCUUUAUUCAAGAAAUAUAUUCUAUGUAUUCUUGAUGUCUCACGCAGUCUUUUAAAGCGCUUAUAAUUUAAGAUUCAUUUUUUUAAAAAAAACUUGUUUUAAACUUCAGUUAAAAUUUAUUGCAAGAUUAUAAUUCGAACAUAGAAAGAUAAAUUCUUAUGGUAAUAAUUUGAUACAAUUUUUUUAUCAUAAGAAUUUUAAGUAUUCUAAGUUUAUUUCAAGCCAUGUAUUUAAUAUAUUCUUGAUGUCUCACAUCGCCUUCUGAAGCGCGUAUAAUUAAAGAUUCUUUUGUAAAAAAAUGUCUUAUAAAUUUGAUUUAAUUCUUCUGUUAAAAUUUAUUCUAAGGUUACAGUUCGACCAAAGAAAUUUAUUGAUUUCUCCUAUUUAUGAUUUUGAAGAUUAAAUCAAUGUAAAUAAAUAUAUUCAAAGUGCUUCUGUAAAAAACACUGUGGCUGUGUUAGAAAUUAGCGAUAUCAAUCAUUUUCUUUUCAUUGUAGAACUUAGCUAUUCAGAUAUCUUUUCAGGUUGUUCAUUAUAUUUCAGCUCAAAAGUUUUAAUCUAUAAUAUUUCUUUUACUGUUUUCAUGUAUUUAUCUACUUUUUAAAUAAAGAAUUAAAUCAAAUUUG